CCUCUUCCAUCAACUCCCAAACACAUCAAUAAAAGCCCCAAAAAUCCUAAUUUUCGCCUUCCCACAUCCUCCUCAACAAUGAGCUCAGUCUGCAAAUCCGCCGUCGGCUGCGUCGUCGACUCCCGCCUUCCCCUCCGCUCUUCUUACGUCAAUCUCUACAAAUGGGCUCAAUCCGACGCCGAAUACGUCCGCUCCGUCAUCAACACCUCCCCUUUUCCCAAUAACAGAGCGACAAUGGAGCCAAGCCACCGACUUGUCGACAGCUACUCCUCCAGACAGAUGUAUCUCAGGAGCUAUACCUUUUCCAAGAAGGAGACCAUGCCGGAGAAGACGAUCAAGUGUUUCGGCAAGGUGAAGGAGAAAGCUGAAGACUUUCCGUUCAUAUAUCAUCGGAGGAAGGAUAAAGGUGGGAGCUUUAGAAAUUUUAUUAAAUUUAGGGGUUUUAAUAAGGGGAAGAAAGGGUGUUCUGUUUUCUGCUCCAUUUUCCGUCGGCUGCUUUCUUGUACUAUGACUGUUGAUGUCGCCGGUGAGGGCGGCCCCUCCGCCGCCGCCGGCGGGGGGUCGCGUUUAGGGGGAUAGUCUCUGUUUCGUUGGGGGCUUUAUAUAAUUUUAAUUAAUUUAUGUGAUCUGAUGAUAAGUAAUGAGUCUUGUUUGUUUGUUGCGAUUACAAUAUAAAUGUGAAAA